AGACCACUGCCACACAGCCGACAAGAACGACGCAGCAGAGCGAUACGGGCACGGGGGGUUUUCUGUUUUUCUGGAGUAAUUCCUCUUCGCUAUAGUUUUUGCAUUUUUGUCCGGAUCUCUCACGACUGAGGCUUGAGCUCUAUUGUCGCUCUCAUGACUCGCGUCGCAGAGGUUUACGCGGAGCAGGACGCACUCCUUGCUGGAAACAAGACACAUUCCCGGUUAUGAUUUUAUAAUAUUCAGAGCUGGGAGCUUGGUUUUUUUAAAAAAAAAAAAGGUAUAAAGAGGGAGAACCUGGGGGGAGGAAGGCAAAAUGCUGGACGACAAAGCGCCGACAUCGAAGCUCGGGGCUCCGUCGAGAGGUUCGUCUUUUUACAUUGAGAAUUUGCUGGCGACUACACACAGAGGGGCUUCGGCCGAGGAGCGGGUGGAGACCCCGGGCGUCAGAGUUGCCGUCCACGGCCCGGUGCUGCGUCCGGGACUGGAAACGAGACGAGUGGACGACGACGACGGAGCGCUGAACUGGAGACGGACACCGCCAAACGCGGAGCACGGCACCUCAAGAAGUCCACGCAGCGACCGGGAGUCCCCAGCUUGUAGGCGGCGGACGGAGGAGAACGACGAAGAGGAGGAAAAGGGGGGAGAGAGUUUGACGGAUGAGAGAGAGGACGACGCGCCCUCCUCCUGCUGUGACCCAGAUGGCACAAAAGCGACGCGAAAGAAGAAGACCCGCACCGUGUUCAGCCGCAGUCAGGUCUUCCAGCUGGAGUCCACCUUCGACCUGAAACGCUACCUGAGCAGCUCGGAGCGGGCGGGGCUGGCAGCCGCGCUGCAGCUCACCGAGACCCAGGUGAAGAUCUGGUUCCAGAACCGCAGGAACAAGUGGAAGAGGCAGAUCGCAGAGGACGUGGAGGCCGGCGGCGCGGCCGUCCGACCCUACGCCGCUGCGCAGAGGCUCGUCAGAGUUCCCGCGCUGUAUCGCGAGACCGGCCUGCCCCAAGUGUCGCCCUUGUCCGUCGGCUUCCCUAAUGCGAUUAACUACCCAUUGACUCACUUCACUCAUCCAGUGUCAUUCGUCUCACCACAGAUGACUGGACUGGUGUGACUUUAAGGGCGCAAGAGCAACGCAGCGGCUUGCGACUCUUUUGGACAAUUCGUCAAAUGAAAAUGCUGCAAAAGUGGUUGUUUUAGUUCCAAUUCAGAUUCUGUGAAGUCAAAAUUACUGCUCAAGCACAAGGAAGGACUCGUCCUGUGACUUCCCAGAAGCAACUUUAAGAAAUACAGUCAGAGUUACAGUGGAUCCUCUCGAUCCUUCUUUCUGCAGCUUCUCAAAUAUCUUCAAACCAAAACAAUUUCUCCAGGAUAACUGUGCUUUUUUCAAUCAAUGUCCUGCAAGACUUACAGUAAUAUCAAUGAGGGAUGUGCCCGGCCUCUUGAAGCUGCCCACAACAGUGUCCUCAGGCCUACAUGGACGACACGUAACGCAAGACUAUACACGGAAUAAAAACAUGGUUCUAUUUUUGCGGUUGUUUUUCCACAAUUGUUUGGACGACCCACAUAAAUAUGGGAACAAUUAAGGGGUCAAAAAUAUUUCGAGCUUGUGGAAUAAUGUUUUCAGACGCCGUUUACAAACUUGUGUUUGCAUUUCAGCCUUAUGUGUGACAAAAUUUGCAUUAGAAAUAAAAGCUUUGGAAUAUGUUGUUAAAGAGAACAUUUGGGAAUGCUGCAAUAAAAAUGUAUGGAGAAAUUACACAGAGAAAAAAAAUUGCUUUUGUGAACAUCUGAAUACAGAUAGAAAGCAUGCAACUGUGAAACUCAAAGUUCCCGCACUGUGUGUGACAUUGAAGUCACAUUCAUACACACAUCUUUUUUAUAAGUAAGAAUGUUGGCUCUGCUUUGAUGGCAAAAUGUGUAACCACACAGUCCAAAAUGUGUAACCACACAGUGCAAUGCAAACAAACUUUUGUCACCGGUCUUCAAACUCUUUCUCAACAUUAUUUAACAAGCUCCAAAUAUUUAUUUGAGGCCUAUGAACAAAUUUUGGGAGAUAUUGUGCUCCGAACAUUUGGACCAUUUGGACAAACGGAAGAAGAAAUAUGCAAUGCGUAGAAACUGGAUUAUUCAAAAAAGGCAUUUUUGGUGUUUGUGACUUUCUAGCAAUACCCUGAUCUUUGGAAUGUUUUUAUUUAAGAGGAUUAUAAUACUGACUUUUGUACACCCACAUGUUCACGUGUGAAUAAAAUGUAUGCACAAAUUGUUUAGUGGUUCUCUUGCUGAGAAAAUAAGACGAUAAUAGCCAGUUUACUGUAGAAAGGAGUGUGUUGGAUUGACGAGCACACUUGAAUCAGAUACAGGAUGAGAGAAAUGACACACACACACACACACACA